UUGUAUUUAUUUAUUUUUUUUACAGGCAAAGAAGUGGUGAAAAGGUGGACUAAUCUCCGAGAUUGCUUCGCAAAAUGGAAAAAAGAUGACAAAUCUGCUAAAAAAAGUGGAUCUGGAGCUAAAAAACGUAAGAAAUAUGUAUUUUCAAACCAACUUCAAUUUUUGAAUAAGAUCUACACCAAAAAAGAAACGGUAGAUAGCUUCAAACCAGAAAUUGUACCAGGAACACUCGAAGAAGAUGAAGAGCCUGAAGGCACCACUGAUGAACCUGAAGUUUCUACCAACGUAAACCUGCCAUCCAAGCCCGUAGGAACAAGGAAACGAAAGAUACUAGAUGAGGUUGAGGUGAAAAUGCUCAAAGGUCUGGAACAUAAAACGCCAUGCAGUAAAAUGUCCUUCCUUCAGAGUUUAAUGCCUCAUUUGACAAACUAUUCCAACAGUGAAUUCCUUCAAUUUCAAGUGGGAGUGUUAAACGUAAUAGAAAACAUAAACAAACUAAAGGAAACUCCUCAUCUUCAAUCAAACAACCCCUCUUCUGCGCCCUCUUAUCAACCACAACCUCAGUACAUGCUUCAGCCAUCUCCCGUUAACCAACCGCAAGCAUUUGUCCAUGUUCAACAACCUCCAUUUCAAUCUCAACAAUAUGAAAAUCCUAGUUUUUCGGGCUACGUUCAAAAUAGCGCACAACAGCUUCACUUUUCUCAAUAUGUACGUGAACAGCAAAAUCAAGCAAGGCCGAAGAAGAAGAAGAACAAGAAGAACACUCUUCAGUUUCCCACGUAA